GGAUGAUUGGGAUCAAGAAGUGGACUAGACACAUCAUUGGAAUUUAAAUUUCUGGAAACAAACGUGUCUAUUAUCAUUGGAGAAAAGGUCUCAGCUAUUCACCCCAUACAUACACCAUGUUUCCUACAACCCCAUUAACUAAGGGCACCGUAACCCCUAACACUACUGCCAGCCCCACAACCGCCGCUCCUGGGUUUAUAGACCAACUACUGAACAAGAUUCCCUUGCCAAGAUGGGCUAUUUACACCAUCUUUGCCGUCAUCGUCUUGAUGUUUUUGGUGUGUAUUAUCUGCAUCUGUGCGAAAUGCUGCUGCAAGAGCAAGAAAAAGAGAAAAAAGAAGCCGGACGCUCAUAUCAAUCUACAAGGGGUGAAUGGUUCCUCAACUACAUCGCUAGUCCAACCUGGCUCGGAUGAUGCAGGCUACGGCUCAGCUAAAAACCGGGGAAGACUGCUCUACUCUCUGGAAUACAAGGCACAAGAGCUGACAGUGGGGCUCAAAGAGGCUGCAGCUCUGACAGCCAUGGACCGGAGAGGCACCUCUGACCCCUAUGUUAAAGUCUACAUCACCCCCAACAAGUCAAAGACAUUCGAAACUAAGGUCUUCAGGAAAACCCUCAACCCCGUGUUCAAUGAACACUUCAAAUUUAAGAUUGACAAGGCUGAGCUAAAUGAGUCCACCAUAGUCAUGAAAGUGUUCGACUUCGAUAGAUUCUCCAAACACGACAUCAUUGGGGAGCUGAGGCUGCAGCUCGGAAACAUUGACUGGAACCAUGUGAUUGAAGAGUGGGAAGACCUGAGAGAACCCUCCAAGAUUGAGGAUGAAAUUCUGGGGGAGAUCUGCUUCUCGUUGCGCUACGUCCCCACCACUAACAAGCUGACUGUUGUCAUCCUGGAAGCCAAGAACCUAAAGAGUAUGGACAGAGGGGGCUCAUCAGAUCCCUAUGUAAAAGUGCAGCUAGCUCUGGACAAGAAGAAGUGGAAGAGAAAGAAGACAUCUGUUAAAAAGUCGACACUGAAUCCCUACUUCAACGAAUCCUUUACGUUUGAUGUGUCGUUUGAACAAAUUCAAAGGGUUCAGCUGAUGAUCUCUGUGUGGGACCAUGACAAGUUGACCAGGAACGACGCCAUAGGGAAGAUUUUCCUGGGUUGUGAUGCUGCAGGGAACCAGCUGAGGCACUGGGCAGACAUGCUGUCCAACCCCCGUAGGCCUGUGGCCCAGUGGCACAACCUGCUUUCCAACGAACAGGUGGACUCCACCCUCGACCUCAAACACUCAGUCAGGAUCCCCUUCAUCAAUAAGAACUUUUGAGAAAUCUUAGACUCGCUUGCCAGACUCAUGGCACUCAAGCAGCUGUGGGAAGAGGCUAGAGAAAAUCCUCCUCCGUGGCCUGACAUAACCAGAUUCCUCCCUCUACUUCACUAAGCUAAUAGCGGCUUGGAGGCCCUAGCACUUCUAAACACUGCAAAAUACAGUGCCUUCAGAAAGUAUUCACACCCCUUGACUUUUACAGCCUGAAUUUAAAAUGUA